AGGCUGCAGAGAAGAAAGAUUACUGAUUUCCAAGCAAGAGGUUUGGGCUGGAACUCCACUCUGCCACUUAAUGAAUAUUUUUGAUCAACGUGAACAGGUUGCGCAACUCUCCACCUCCAAGAAUGGCAGUGACAAGAAUACAGAUAAAGGUAGAGAAAAUGAAAAAGAGAAAAAGUCAGUGAUCUGUGUGGAAGGCAACAUUGCCAGCGGGAAGACGACAUGCCUGGAGUUCUUCUCCAACACCACAGAUGUCGAGGUGUUAAUGGAACCUGUGUCCAAGUGGAGAAACGUGCGUGGCCACAAUCCUCUGAGCCUGAUGUACCGAGAUGCCUGGCGAUGGGGCCUCACACUGCAGACGUACGUGCAGCUCACCAUGCUGGAACAGCACAUGCGCCCGCAGACAUCACCUGUUCGGUUGAUGGAGCGGUCGAUUCACAGCGCCAGAUAUGUUUUUGUAGAAAACCUAUACAGAAGUGGGAAGAUGCCUGAGGUGGACUAUGUGGUCUUGUCUGAGUGGUUUAACUGGAUUGGGAGGAACUUGGAUGUGCAUGUUGAUUUGAUAGUGUAUCUGCGGACUACCCCUGAGAACUGCUACCAGAGGCUGAAGAAGAGGUGCAGGGAGGAGGAGAAGGUCAUUCCGCUGGAGUAUCUGCAUGCCAUCCACCACCUCUACGAGGAGUGGCUCAUCGCUGGAGACCGUUUCUCUGUGGCAGCUCCUGUUCUGGUGAUAGAGGCUGAUCACGACAUGGAGAAGAUGCUGGAAGUGCUCGAGCAAAACCGGAACCAAAUAUUGGCACCAGAAAACCGGAAGCGUGGCCCCUAGGACAGGAACGGCCCAUGGGAUUGUGUCAGAAAAAUACCUGCCACUGCCCAGUUAGGAACUGUCUGGAACCAUCUGGGGGGGGGGGGAGGGGGAAAGGGCCUGGAGGGCAGGGGGACUCUUAUCUGGCUGGAACUGUUCUCUUCGGCUAGGGUCCUGGCCUUGGGUUUCUAACUUUCGUGGGUGAGUGACAAUUGGGACCAGUGGGUUUGCUGUGCCCUUGGUUGUUGGUAGCCUUGCAAGUCUCCUAAGGUUCCCUAUCAUUUGUUCCUCCAUGGAAGCCUUCGUGUAGCCACCGGCACUAGAGGCCCCGAUGUCAUUCUGGACACUAUGUUUGGGCCAGGUGUGGGUGUGUGUGUGUGUGUGUGUGUGUG